AUGGCAUAUCCUUCCCCCGAGCCUGAAACGAUCAAGUCAGACGAGUACCACACACGCGUUCUUCUACUCCCCAUUUCAACUUCUGCCUUGGAGUCUCUGAAUCUCCCUGGGAAUCGAGAUAAUGUUGGCACAAUCCCACUGGCUGGGUUGCCUACAGAAUUCUUACCCUCCUGUGAGAAAAACAGGGGGAAAACGCUCGCCUUCCGUCUAUACGAAAAUCUAGAUAAUCCCUACUUUGUCCUGGGGAGCGACAAGUCGUGCCAAAUACAGCUCCAGACCACAAUUGAUGAGUGUUGGGUUAAUAUUCGGCAUUGCCUACUUAUCGCGAUACCUGAUGAUGAAGACGAUGCAAUACUUCUCCGUAAUUCGUCGACAUCUCGAUUUACUGCCAAGAAUGUCGUCAACGGCGAGGACUAUGAGAUUCUGCCCGGGGAUCGACUGCGGAUUUGUCCUGGUCUUAUGCAUCUAACUCUUGGAGCUGGUCUCGAGUUUCUGUUGAAAGUCCUUCCCAGUAGCUCUUCGAAUACCCACUCUGCUGUCCCGGCUGGUGUUUGCGAACUACUAAGUGGCCCGGCAAUCCCUAGAACGCCGAAGUCCCUUAGACGAAAGAAGGGAGCCAGCAAAGACACCGCAGAUGUCCUUCACAGCGACAAACGAAUCAAAUCGGAGGUAGCUCCGUCGAAGGUAAUAUCGUGCAAGGCAAGCUCUCCUAAGCUAGACCUUGUUGCUGAGACCAGAUUAACAUGCGUCUUCAAGCUUCAGCGCUUUGGGCGUGUUGUUGCCGCCAAGGUGUGCAGGAAGCCAGACAUAGAAGACGCCGUUUAUAUGUGGGAGAAUGAGAGGAAAGUGCUCCAGGCUCUGAAACAUCGUAACAUAGUGCAGCUUCUCGAUUUCCGUGCUCCUGACCUGACCUUAUUUCUUGAAUAUAUAGAAGGGCUGGACCUUUCCCAUGACGGCGGAUCACCCUCUUAUACCCCACCCGAAUUGCUCGUGAGGCAACGAGGAAAGCCCAGUGACAUCUGGGCCUUUGGCGUCACUAUGCUUUUUGUUCUCAGACAUAUACAACUACCAUCCAACGGCUGGCCCAUUCGGAGGCUCAUGGAGGACAGUAAAGUGCGAAAGAAGUUCAUGACUUGGUGGGACCAGAUCGAUACCCUACGGAAAAAGCUCCCUCGACGAAUGUCUGCCCUUCGGGAAAUGUUGGCCCUCGAUCCUCAACGCCGAAUUUCCGCUUCUGCCUUAUAUGCCACGCUUAACAAACCAACGAAAACAAAGAAGAAUACGGAGAAACGUCUUGUGCUUAAGUGUUGA